CAACUCCCCUCCCAACCUCACAUCCCAUCCUCACCACCUCCCCCAUCACCAAACCACAGCCCAUCUAAACAGUCACUACCAAAAUGGAACUCACCCUCUUCUCCGCCAAAUCCUACGACAAGCACUACUUCACCCAAACCCUCCAAACCUUCAACCCUCCCCUCUGCACCCUAACCACCCACCCCUUCGCCCUAACCUCCUCCACCGUCUCCCUCGCCCGCACCAGCACCGCCAUCUGCGUCUUCGUCAACGACACCCUCGACGCCCCCGUUCUACACGCUCUCCACAGCUACGGCGUCCGAGCCAUCCUCCUCCGCUGCGCCGGCUACAACAACAUCGACCUCCCCCUUGCCGAAUCCCUCGGCUUCUUCGUGGCCAAUGUCCCCAGCUACUCCCCCGAAGCGGUCGCCGAGUUCGCCGUCGCCUUGAUCCAAACCCUGAACCGCAAGACACACCGCGCCUAUAACCGCGUCCGGGAGGGUAAUUUCAACCUCGAGGGGUUCCUGGGCCUUACACUCCACAAGAAAACAGUGGGGGUUGUGGGUUUAGGACGAAUCGGAAUGUCUUUUGCGCGGAUCAUGAAAGGGUUUGGAUGUACGCUUCUCGGCGCGGACCCGUUCGGCGGGGCGGAAUUCACCCAGGAACUAGGCGGCGAGUAUGUCAGUCUCGAGGAGUUAUUGGGCCGGAGUGAUAUUGUGAGUUUGCAUUGUCCGUUGACGGAAGGGACGAGACAUAUCAUCAAUAAGGAGAGUUUGGAGUUGUUGAAGAAGGGGGCGAUGGUGGUGAAUACGUCGAGGGGUGGGUUGGUGCAUACGAGGGAUGCGGUGGGGGCGCUGAAAGAUGGUAGGUUGGGUGGGUUGGCGUUGGAUGUGUAUGAGGAAGAAGGGGAUUUGUUUUAUAAUGAUCAUUCGGCGGAGAUUAUUCACGAUGAUACGCUGAUGCGGUUGAUGACGUUUCCGAAUGUUUUGGUGUGUGGGCAUCAGGCGUUUUUUACGAAGGAGGCGUUAGGGGAAAUUGCCCAGGUGACGUUGGGGAACUUGGAGGAUUUCUUGGCUAAGAGGUCAUGUAGGAAUUCAUUGGUUAGGGAGGGGCAUUUGUUGGUGGAGGGGGAUAAAGAGCCGGUGAGGUUGUAGGGGGUUCGUUGGGAUAGGGAUUGGUACUGGGAUAUUGUGUGAAGAGCAGUGGCUUUCUUGUAAGUGGAUGAUCUAGUUGUAUCUGCAUCUUAGUAUUCUAAUAAUCUGGG